AUGUCCAAAGAAAAGAAAAUUGUGAUUGUUUCAUCUGAUAACGAAAAGUUUACGGUGGAUCGUAAGGUUGCCGAAAAGUCUAUUUUGAUCAAGAAUAUGUUGGAGGAUCUUCUCUCCAACGAAGAUCACAAUGGAGAUAAUGACGAUGACAAUGAACUUCUAAGAGAUGCUGCCGCCGUUGACAACAACGACUUAGAUGUGAUUGAAAUUCCAACACCAAACGUUCGCUCUACAGUUCUCAAACUAAUAAUUGAAUGGUGUGAGCACUACAAAGACAUCUCUUUUCCGGAUGAGAACCAGGAUGAAGAUUCUAAGAAAACGCCACCAAUUGAUGAAUGGGACAAGAAUUUUCUCAAUGUCGAUCAAGAAAUGCUAUACGAGAUAAUUCUUGCUGCCAACUAUCUUAAUAUUCGCCCUCUUCUCUAUAGCGGAUGUAAGAUGGUAGCUGAGAUGAUUCGUGGGAAAUCACCUGAGGAAAUUCGCAAAACCUUCAAUAUUGUAAACGAUUUCAGCCCUGAAGAGGAAGCUGCCAUUCGUAGAGAGAAUGAAUGGGCUGAAGAUAGGUAG